AUGGUCAAACUGUCUAUUCUCGCUGCGGCCGUCUUGGCCUUCGUCGCCCCUGCCGCUCAAGCGGCUACUAUCGACCAUGCUGCGCUCGCGAAGCGAGUCACUAGCAACCUUCACAAGCGCGAUGCGCGUAUGACGUGGUACGAUAUCACUACGGGCGAGACUGCUUGCGGAGCGUGGUAUUCCAACGAUGACUACGUCGUCGCAAUGAACGCUCCUCAGUACGACUCCAGUAAUUGGUGUGGUGUUGAGAUCGACAUCGUAUACAAGGGGAAGACCGUGAAGGCGAAGGUCGUUGACCGCUGCGAAUCUUGCCCAAGUGGCGGUCUUGACCUUACAAAAGGACUUUACAGUGCACUCGACGAUAUCAGCUCUGGUGUAAUUGAAGCAAACUGGAAGGGCUCCGCGUAG